AUGUUUACUUUGACUGUAUCAAGGGUAAAUUCCCUAUUAACCCUAUGCUGUUUGGUGGGGUUAGGCCUGAGCUUGUACGCUUACACUGUAGAAUUACAGAUAGAAAGGAACGAAAAGUACAGCCCGAUGUGCGACAUUAGCCCUCAAAUGAGCUGCAGCAAAGCAUUCAAAUCGCCGUACGGCAAAGGGUUCGGAAUAUUCGGAAAAUUCUCCACUCUAAAUCAACCAAACAGCUUAUUCGGCCUCAUGUUUUACAGCAUGAUGGCCACUCUGGCUCAAUCGAACAGCAAAUUCCCUGCGUGGUUCAUGCUAAUGGCGAUAUUCCUAUCGAAUCUGCUGUCCCUCUACUUCGCUUACAUCCUGUAUUUCGUCUUGUACGAUUUCUGCGUAGUGUGCGUAGGAACAUACGUGGUUAAUAUAUUAAAUUUGCUGUUGAUACAAGCGAAAUUGAAGCUAUUGUUGGCUCCCCGACAGGAUCCGAUCAAGAAGGCGAAUUAA